CUCCAUCUCGCUCGGAGAUCGCGAAGCUUCAUUCUCCGAGUGACUGUUGAGGUAAAGACAUCUGUGCAUAAGCGUUCUCUGAAAAGCAUUAUUCUUGAAUCUUUCUCUUUCCUGACAUUUAACAUAAAUUGGCAUCUGAGAAUUUUGCACUGUUGCUAAGCAGGCAUCACAUUGGUGAAAUACAUCUACAAAAGUGGAUAAAGUUCAGCUCAAGGCCAAUGGAAUCCAUGAAUAAUUCUUAUCCCAUUCUACCAUUUAAUGGGAAUAUCAUGUUGCCAUCUACUCUCAAAUGGCUUAACAUGGUUGCUCUCUACAUUAUGAAUCAGCUUGAUACUUAAAUACUGUACAAAAGUGAAAGAUAUUUUUGCAUUGAGUAGAACUGGUAUUGUUAUUAUCCAGUCUAACUUUGCAAACUGUUCUUUGUCAACUUAUGUGCAGAAAAUUCCAGUGAUAGGUCACCAGUGCUCAUAAUUAUCGUUUCAUUUUUCUUUAUAUCUUUAAAAAGUUUCAAUUAAAAAUUUGAAAAAUGACUGUGACAUAUUCACUAAAUGUCAGCAAGGCUCGCCUGUGUGGGUUUGCUAAGCUGUUGGUGAGAUGGCGUGGUAGCAUCUAUAAGCUGCUAUACCGUGAGAUGAUGAUCUUCUGUGGGCUGUACUACAGUUUAAGUGCUCUCUAUAGAUAUGUUUCACAGAGAACCAAAGAACCUAAACUCGCCCCUGUCAUUGUAUUGGGGUUUUAUGUUUCCAUUGUUGUUGGAAGAUGGUGGCAGCAGUACUUGGCCAUCCCAUGGCCCGACAAACCUUGUAUGCUGAUUGCUGCAUAUGUUCAUGGUUCUGAUGAAAGAGGUAAAAUUAUCCGCAGAACUCUUGCUCGUUACUUGAAUCUUCUAAGUGUUUUAACAUUCCAAGCUGUUAGUACAUCUGUUAAGAAAAGAUUUCCUACCUUGGACCAUGUCCAGGAAUCGGGACUAAUGACAAAAGAAGAAAGAAGAGUAUAUGAUGAAAUACAAGUGACACAUGGGAAAUGGUGGGUUCCAGCUCAGUGGUUUUCUGCUCUUGCUGCAAGAGCAAGAAAAGAAGGCCGCAUUAAGGAUGAUGUUUUGUUACAAGCACUGUUAGAUGAAAUGCAUGUUUUCCGUGGAAAUUGUGGGAUGUUAUUCAGUUAUGAUUGGGUUAGCAUACCUCUAGUGUAUACUCAGGUUGUAACUCUGGCAAUUUACACGUAUUUCUUAGCAACAGUUAUGGGGAGGCAGUACUUAGAUCCACUAAAAGGAUAUCCUGGGCAUGAGGUGGAUUUAUAUAUUCCAAUCUUUACUAUCUUGCAGUUCUUUUUCUACAUGGGUUGGCUGAAGGUGGCUGAGCAAUUGAUUAAUCCAUUUGGGGAAGAUGAUGAUGAUUUCGAAUUAAAUUGGUGUCUUGAUAGAAAUUUGCAAGUUUCUUUUAUGAUUGUUGAUGAAAUGCAUCAAAAGCAUCCUCGUUUGGUUAAAGAUAUGUAUUGGGAUGAAAUUGAACCUCAACUUCCCUAUACAAAAUCAUCGUUUAUGUUACGGACUCAGCCACAUCUUGGAUCUGCUGUCAAUUUAGAUAUUGAUCCUGAGGAAUCAGAGUUUUUGCCUAUGGAAACUAUAAUGGAAGAAGAUAAUGAUGAUAAUAAUUACAACAGCCCACCACAAAGUCCCACCAAUGAGUUGUCACCGGCAUUUCGAUCAGUUGCUGGCAGCAAAGUGAAUUUGAAUGGUGAUAAUAGUGAUAGCACUUCUCAGUCGGGUUUAAGAUUUCUAGAGAAUUUUCCUGGCACCAAACUUCUUAAUAUGAUAAUCGGAUCCAGCACAGAAAAUGUGGCAGGUACACCAAAGAAAGAAGGCAGCAUUUUUUCUGGUUUUACUCUCAAAACACCUAAUCGCAGAUCAAUCACUAGCUCUAUUGCCGACAGCUUGCAUGAUCAAACCUUGGAUAACCAUCGAGAAAUUGGAGAGCCUCUUAUCCCAACUCGUGCUGGAACACCCAUCCACAUGGAGCAACGUGAUGAUUUGCGACAUAUAAUAUUGGACAUCCCUCCAGAUUCCAGCCCAAUUGAUUCAGGUCAUGCCACGCCAGCAACAAUCAUAGAAUAUAAUCGCCGUCAUGAUAUUGUUAAUAAUGCUAACAGUGCUUUGAAAGAGGUCACUGUUGAUUUAUCAGAGCCAGCUGCAGACCCACCGGUAUCUGUUUCCCCAAAUGAAACAGAACGUUCUCCUUUUGAACCAAAUUCAUCUCAAGAAAGUCUGGCACCAUACAUUGAUAGCAAUCAAAGCACAGUUAGCAGUUAUGCUGAGCUGUUAAAACAUCCAAAGUAAAUUCAGAGUGGCAUAGUUACUAUCGGUGCUCACAUGCUUUAUUGCUGGUGUAAAUUUAAUUUCUUUUUUUCCCCCUUUUUAUCUGAGUUCAAACAUUAUGCAUAUUCUUUACUUCUGAUUUUCUGCAUUAAAAUUUGAAUUGCUCUUUUUUUUUUAACAGUUCAGUUUUUCUGUUAUUAGGAAUUAUGUAACUUAUAUAUGCAUUUAUGUUAUGUGUUAAAAAUUCAAUGCACUUUUUUUUAUUUUUCUUAGAAGUAAAACCAUUGUUACAUAAACAAUGUUUAUGUAGUUAUAUCAAACUUUCAGUAGGUAUUGGAUAUUAAUGUUUUUUAGAUUAAUAGAUUUUUAUUUGAAAUACUUAUAUUCAUACUUCUUAUAAUAGACUAGUUAAGUUUCAGGUUAGUGAAUAGAUUACAUGUAUAUCCUGUUUCUCUUCUGAUAUUGGCAAAUUGAUUAUAUAUAUAUAAUAAUGGCUUUUUUUUUUCUGUUAUGGAAAUCCGCUUUGCACUGUACUAGUUAAAAAAAGGAAUAUGAAAAAGUAAUAAUUUAUUAUUAAAAAUUUUAUAAACUAAUAUAGAUUAUAUAUAUAUAUAUAUAUUCGUGGGAGAAAAAUAAAGUAAUACAUUGAUUUGAAGUUUUAGCUAUAAAUGUAGAAUGCAAUUUGCCAAUUUUUCAGAUAUACCCCCUUUCUCACUUACUAUUGUGCAUUAAUAUCUUUACUGUUGAGUGCUAUACCUUUGCAUACCAGCAUUAAGCAUUGUUAAUGUUAAAACAUACGUGCUUUAGAUAUGCUCUACAAUUUUUACUGACUUAUAUAUUUUUUAAAAUUUCUCUGCUUUUUUACAAAGCAAAUCUGCCACUUAUUUGUCAUCCAGUUAGUAUAUAGUGACCUUAUUAAUAAUUAUAAAAAUUAAAUUAAAAAAUUUACUGCCUUUAUUUUUUUUUCUUUAUUAGUCUAAAACAUUAGUACAAAAGUAGUCUUUAUUUAAAAAAUGAAAGAGAAAGAAAUUUUGAUUCUGUGUUUUUGUAUUAUUUAGGUACAGUUCCCUUUUAUUGUACCAUUUAUUGGCCAUUUUAAUUUACUACCUUGUACCAAGGUAUGAUUUGCCUAGCACUGGUAUUUUCUCCCCAAUUUACUAACUCUUAUUAGAGUUCUGAUUCCUGUGUAAAACAUCUUAGUUUUGUACAGUCCAGUAGUAUUCAUCAAUGUUAUUCUCAGUGUAAUAUGCUGUAACUAGUACUUUUAUCUGCAUUUUUAAAUAUAUAUUUCUAUACCCUGAAAAUAGAGGAAUUCAGUGACUUGUCCAAGACCGUAUGAGGUGGGAAAUUUUUAGGAAGAUUUUAAAACUUUUUGAAAAGAUAAUUGAAAGAUUUAUCUGCUAUUUUUAUAUUUUGCUCCAGAAAUUUUCUAUUCCAUCGAAUGUGCUUUAAAUAGAUUUAUCUGAGCAACAAAAAUACAAUCUCUGUAGUCUUUAAAUUAAGCUUUCUUUUAUUUGAGAAAUAAUGAAAAUGUGAUUAGAGGGACCAGGGUUAAUGUAUGAAGAAGAACUUUUUUUUUUUUUUUUUUUUUUUUUUUUUUUUUAUGUGUGGGACAUAAAAGGAUUAGAACUAAGACCACAUAUUAAAUUGAAUUUUAAAAUAAAUUUUGUGAUUUAUUAUCAUUUGGGGGGGGCCUCUUGAUUCCUAGCUGUUCCUAUAAAAAAAUCUUUGCAGCUGAAGUAAUAUAUUUUAUGUACAUAUUAUGAAUUUUUCAUUUAUGUAGCUAUUUAAUGUUGUAAAUAUUUCUUCUUAUGGCAGGAUAAUUUUUCCCCCCAUCUUGAACAUUUUUGAAUUAGUACUGAGAUUUCCUACUUAUAUUGCGUCCAUUCACUCAGUAAUUACUGAGCAGUAUUGUUGGGAAUCCAGAGGUGGAACAAUUUUGAGAUAUAAAAGCAUUAUUCAGUUAUAUGACAGUAUUAUAUGUUAUGAUAGUAAGCUUUUUUUUUAACUUUCCAUACAUUUUAUGAUAAUACAUAUGAGUGUAUUGGUCUGUGAUAAUCCAUAGGUAUUAAUGUAAUUCUAGUGAGUAUUUUGUGAUGAAAAGUUUAGUAUUUCAUGCUUAUUCUAUGCAGGGUGUGGCAUAUAUUUUUUAUUUACUUAAGUAUUAUUAUGCAUUUUUAAGCUUCAAACGUACUUAUCAAAAACCGGACAAAGGUUUUUGUUGGAUUGUGUACUUUUUCCAAACUUAUGCUGUUUCAUAUAUGUGUUCUUAUGUCAAGUACUCCUUAAAGUACUUGGAUAAUAUAUUAAACUUAUAUACAUAAUUAUGCAUCAUUGUUUCUUAAUGUUUCAAAAGCACUUAUGUGAUAUAUAACAUUCAUGAGAUUAUUUAUAUUUUAGAUAUUUUAUAUGGUAUUUCUUUUCAUUUUUUAUUGAAAAGUCUUUAGUAUUCUUUUAUUAAUACCUUUUUAAUCAAAAUGCUAUCUUUAGGAAAAAUAACUGAAUAUAUAUAAAGAGAUUUUGUAUAUAAUUCUAAAAGCUAACUAAAUUUUAGUUGAACUGCUAUCAGUACUCAGUAUUUAUUCUUCUAUAAGUAUAGUUUUAUAAUGCAGAGUCUUUGGGAGCAUUGUGUAAAACGGUACAAAAUUUAGCUGCUGUUAGUAUUGAAUUAUUGGGUCUCAUGCAUUCAUUUUACAUAUUUCUCCACACCCUGUUAUAAUAAUUGGUUAAAUGAUACUGUGAUGAAUUUACUGAAUGGAUUAUAUGCAUUUUCGGUGGUGUAGAAAUUUUUCCUGUCAUUUUUAUUGUUGAGUAUCUAUUAGUCAAAGCACAUUCUUAUGCUAUUUUUAAAUGUAUGUAUAUUAGUGCAUUUUCCUGUGCUUUGAAAUAUGUGCAAAUUCUUGCUUUCUGUAAUAAUAAAUGUUUUGUGAUUCUAA